AGAAACUCACACACCUUGACAAUCUGUCUGUCCGUCUGCAGCUGCGUGACUGUCUGUCUCUGCCAUGUCUCUCUCCCCAUGCCGGGCCCAGAGGGGCUUCAGUGCUCGCUCAGCCUGUUCUGCUCGCUUAAGGAGCCGCAGCAGGGGAGGCUUCAGCAACAGGGGCGGCUUCAGCAGCAGGAGCCUUAAUUCCUUUGGGGGGUGCCCGGAAGGCUCUCGUGGGAGCACCUGGGGGUCAGAGGGUAGGCUGGGGGUGCGGUCUGGGGAGUGGAGUGGUGGGCCUGGGCUCUCCCUGUGCCCUCCGGGGGGCAUCCAAGAAGUAACCAUCAACCAGAAUCUGCUGACCCCACUGAAGAUUGAGAUCGAUCCCCAGUUCCAGGUGGUGCGGACGCAGGAGACCCAGGAGAUCAGAACUCUCAACAACCAGUUUGCUUCCUUCAUUGACAAGGUGCGGUUCCUGGAGCAGCAGAACAAGGUCCUGGAGACCAAGUGGCACCUGCUGCAGCAACAGGGGUCGAGUGGCAGCCAGCAGGACCUGGAGCCUGUCUUUGAGGCCUGCCUGGAUCAGCUCAGGAAGCAGCUGGAGCAGCUCCAGGGAGAACGAGGGGCUCUGGAUGCUGAGUUGAAGGCCUGCCGGGACCAGGAGGAGGAGUAUAAGUCCAGGUAUGAGGAGGAGGCCCACAGGCGCGCCACACUUGAGAAUGACUUUGUGGUCCUCAAGAAGGAUGUGGAUGGAGUUUUCCUGAGCAAGAUGGAGUUGGAGGGCAAGCUGGAGACUCUGAGAGAGUACAUCUACUUCUUGAAGCAUCUGAAUGAAGAAGAGCUGGGCCAGCUCCAGACCCAGGCCAGCGACACGUCUGUGGUGCUGUCCAUGGACAACAACCGUUACCUGGACUUCAGCAGCAUCAUCACUGAGGUCCGCGCCCGGUAUGAGGAGAUCGCCCGGACCAGCAAGGCUGAGGCUGAGGCCCUGUACCAGACCAAGUACCAGGAGCUUCAGGUGUCUGCCCAGCUUCAUGGGGACAGGAUGCAGGAAACGAAAGUCCAGAUCUCUCAGCUGCACCAAGAGAUUCAGAGGCUGCAGAGUCAGAUUGAGAACCUCAAGAAGCAGAACGCCAGCCUGCAGGCCGCCAUCACUGAUGCUGAGCAGCAUGGGGAGCUGGCCCUCAAGGAUGCUCAGGCCAAGGUCGACGAGCUGGAGGCUGCUCUGAGGACGGCCAAGCAGAACCUGGCCCGGCUGCUGUGCGAGUACCAGGAGCUGAUGAGCACGAAGCUUUCCCUGGAUGUGGAGAUUGCCACUUACCGCAGGCUGCUGGAGGGCGAGGAGUGCAGGAUGUCUGCGGAGUGCCCCAGCCAGGUCACUAUCUCCUCGGUGGGAGGCAGCGCUGUCAUGUCUGGAGGAGUUGGUGGAGGCUUGGGGAGCACUUGUGGACUCGGUAGUGGGAAAGGUAGCCCUGGGUCCUGCUGCAUCAGCAUCGUGACUGAAGGCUCCAACAUCAUCCUGGGCUCUGGGAAGGACCCUGUUUUGGGUUCCUGCUCUGUGUCUGGCUCCAGCUCUGGCUCCAGCUGCCACACCAUCCUGAAGAAGACAGUCGAGUCGAGUCUGAAGACAUCCAUCACCUACUGAGAGACCCAGCAGCCACCUCCUUCCUGAACACAUUUGGCCUGCUCCCUCCAUUAGCCAGCUCUGCAAGGCCAACUCCGUGUUCGCUGCUCACAGCCCAAGCCAGCCCACAGUGGAUGCUGCAAAAAUCAAUAAAGUCUCCCCUCCUUCUGUUCUGAAUGCUCUAAGUGCUUGCACACCUCACCUGGCAAAACAAAAGCUGUAUGGCUCCCCAGCUUCCUCUCCUCAGAAGGCAAUUGUGGCAUAUCUGUGUCCAAACGUGUCCUAUUGGCAUCUCACUCCACAUCCCAGCCACUCUAUCAAGGGAUCCUUCAAGCUCUCCAGUGUGUUCCUUGGGGUGCCCUCCAUCUCCCACACCUCCACUGAUGUUUUAGCUGUGCUUGUAGCUCACUUCCUCAUCAAUUGCCUGUUUUAAGAGGUUCUAGUCCUGACCGGGGGCAGCUGCCUUCCUUCUUGUUCCUCCUUGUUCCUGACUGUGCACCAAACUUUUCUCCUUCUAGGAACCUUCUCUAAUUCCCAUGUCUAAACUACUGGGCCCUUCCUGUCCCUGGCAGUCUGGCUGCACCUGUUGCUGUCCCGGGCUCUGUGUCUGUCUGGUGCUGGUAAGGGACUCAGCUUCUCUAUUAGCCUGGCACUCCUGCAUCCAGGAUGAGGAUGUGCUCAGCUUGUGCCUGGAGGCUCUGAUGGAGAUUGGGGUUCAAACCCUACCCCUACCCCCUUAUCUGUUGGCUCUCAUCUUAUCCUUGGGCAAGUCUGAACAUGAGGCUGGAAACUUCUCCUCCUUCCUCUCUGCAGGAAGCCAGGAGUGUGGGAAUCGGGUGGGGUGCCAGGAGGGGCUGGAAGGAUUGCCUUUUCUACACACCCCUAGCAGCCUCAUGGGUGCCUGCAGUUGCUCUUUCCCCAUUCUUGCUUUCCAGACCCAGGUGGGGGACCUGGCUCAACCCCAAACUCCAUAGUCUGGGCUGCAGGAGGUCGCACUAUGCCUCUCCUUGCUUUAGAGGGAGGGCAGACCUUUCCUCACAUCCAUGAAUUACUCCAUCCAAAUUAUGCAAGAAGGCUUUUCAGCUUUGUGUGAAGGAGACCGGAGCCGGUGAGGAUGUGGCUUGAAUCCCAGCUCUGCCGUUUCCUAGUGGUGCGACCUUGAUCAAGCAGCUUGACCUCUUCAGUUACCUCAUCUGUAAAAAGAGAUUAAUAAUAAUACGUACCUCACAGGGCUGUGUGGCGACAGUGCCACUAGGAUCCCAGAAGGAAACUAAAUUCAUCCAAGGUAGUUCAAUUAAAUUGACUUUUUGAAAAAGUA